UGGAUCAUGGAGGGGGAGAACGGGGGGACCCCGGGACCGGGACCAGGAGCGACCCCCGAGGGGCCCAGCGAGGGCCCCUCGGCUCCGGCCGCGGCUCGGCGGCGGCGGCGGAAAGGUGGCAAGAAGCGGCAGGAGGCGGUGGUAGCCAUCCCGCGGGGCAAGCCCAAGUCGGGACGCGUGUGGAAGGAUCCCGGGAAGAAGAGGUUCUCCCACAUGAUCCAGGACAAGGCGCUCCGCAGCUCCUGGGCACGGAAAAUGAAGGAGAGGCAGGAGAGGAAGCUGGUCCGGGAUCUGGCACGGCAGCUGGAGGAAGCCAAGCAGAGGGAGAAAGAGGAAAAGAAGCGGCGGCGGGAGGAGAACCUGAAGCGGCGCCUGGAAAACGAGCGGAAAGCCGAGAUUGUCCAAGUGAUCCGGAACCCUCUGAAGCUGAAGAGGGCCAGGAAGAAGCAGCUGAGGCGGGUGGAGAAGCGGGACACGCUGGCCCUGCUCCAGAAGACGCCCGUGAGGCGCAGCACGGCCACGGAAUGAGGCAGGAUUUGGGAUCCUGCUCCUCCCCGGGGGCUUCUCCUCAGCUCACCAGGCAGGAAUCGCUGCCAGGACCCUCAGUGUUGGACAAACAAUGGGACAGAGCUGAGGGGGAUGCGUUCCACAGGCAUCUGCUGUGGGAUCCCCACAGUCCCUGUGGAAUCAGGAAGUGGCCGGUGCUGGAGGCUGGAACAGAACUUUGCUUUCCCAAAUUUGCCUUGUUCUUAUAAAAAUGAACUGAGACA